AUGUCGACGGCGGACAAGCGCAAAGCUCCUUCGGCAGCUGCCGGCCCGUCCAGAUUGUCUGGCGCCAGCUCGUCAAAAAGAGUUCGAAUAGACGAGUCCUCGCAGCGUCGACGCAAACGAGAAGAAACCGACUUUUUCGACGGGGAUCCCGAAAUCGAAGAGGAGGAUCGUCGGCGCAUCCGCAAAGAUCAGAAAAGCGGUCGCAUCGACGACCGUGGCGAGGAUCUGUCGGAGAGUGACGAGUCAGACGACAACGGCGCCGACCUGUUCAACGGUGACUCGGAUGCAGAAGCUGAUGCAGGAUCACAUCGGAGAAGAGCAGAGCAGAAACGCAGAGGCGACGCAACUGGUGCAGCAGGAGACGACGAUGACGAGGACAUGUUUGAUGUCGCGGACGACGAGAAGCAAGCUUCGAGCUCAAGCAAGACGAAGCAGAAAGACCGAGCUCGCGACAACUACCUCAAACUCGGCGAGUUGGAAGAAGGACAAGACUUUGGGUCGAAGAACCGUUCGACGUUAGAUGCGGCAGACGACGAUGCCGAGCUCCUCAAAGGCGGUGGUCGGGCUGAUGAUGACGACGACCUGGAUCCAGAUCUCGAGCUGGAGGAUGAGGACGAUGAGGACGACGCCGAUCAAGCAAGCUCGGAUCGAGACGGCUACGUCGACCUCAACGCUAUGGCCGAACGCUCACCACCAGCUUCUCCCGGCGGUACUCCGACGACUGCUGGCAAUACUAGGCGCAGAAAGAGCAAGCAGCAAAAAGCGCCGAAGGUGACGGGCUUCAACAUGAAGGAAGAGAUGCGUUCCGGCAAAUUCGACGCAGAUGGCAACUACCACGAAAAUCAGCGCGACCCGCAUGCACAACACGACGCCUGGCUCACCGGCGUCUACUCCAAAUCCAAGAUCCUUGAAGCACGCAAAGCCCAAGAGAAACGAGACCAGGACGCAAAGGAAAAGGAACAAGCAGCACAACAAGCGGAUGGGGAUGAGGAUGAAGUCAAAAAGAGACUCGUAGAACACAUGCAUCGCGCCGAGACAGUGCAGAGGACAUUGCAGAGGUUGGGCAAGGUGCUGGCAGAUAAGAAGAAGCAGCUCAAAGCGAAAGAAAUCGCAGAGGAAGAGCACAAGCAGGCAGCGGUAGAGGUCGAGUCGGUGACACAUCUAUCCUCCGUACUCAUGUCUCGCUUCGGUCGACUAGAUAUUUACGAUCAGACCUACGAACAACUUUUGCAUGAUGUACACAAGUCGGGACUCGUUCGACAGACAUUCGAUCCUGCUGCAAAGUUCGACCCUCCGGCGAUAGCUGAGCCCUCUGUCGAGGUUACUUCGGGCGAAUCAACCGCCGAGUGGGAAUACCGAUGGACACCUUCCUAUCUCGCUGCAGCUGCAAGAGAGUCAGGCGCACCAGUCGAUCCCGAUAUUCAGGUUUUUGGCCCUUUCAGUCUCGCGGACUUGAAAAGCUGGGCCGAGCAGGGAUACUUUGGAGAUGCUGGCGAGCGCAUUUUGCUCAGACGGACGGGCACGAGCGAUGCAUGGCAGGCUUACAAUCAUGUCGUAACGAACACGUAG